ACAAAAGAUGAUAUACGGCUUCUGUACAGUUCUACAGUUGUGUUUCUCCAGGAGUUCGUUUCUUGAAUUCAUUCGCAAGAGAAACGUAUUCGUAAAUUCUGUUCUUAUCGAAAAGUUGAAAAUUUAUUAGCUAUCGUGUGGCUUUUAACCAAUAAGCUUGCAACUUUUGUUAGAGAGGGUAUUUGCGCAUACGUUUAUCUUGCGAAUAAAUUCAAGAAUCAAGCCUCAGGAUAAAUUUUGACGCGUUUAACAAAUUUUCUAUUAAGACUAUUUGUAUUAUUUUCUAUUAUAAAGAGAGGUAUAUAGUUAUACGAUGAAAAGAGUAAUUAUUUUUGUUAAUGGGACGGACGUUAAUGGAAAGGUAUUUGUAGUGACCCAUUCAUUAGAUGAAUUAUUGAAAGCAGCUAGCACAAAAUUCGAAAUAACUGCAAAAAAAAUUUUUACGUCACAAGGUGGUGAAAUUGAUGAUGUCAAGCAUAUUAGAGAUGACGAUAUUUUAUAUAUUUCGAGUGGAGAAAAUUUUAUACAUACAAACAAGGUUUUAAGUCACAACCAACCAAAUAAGAAUUCAGAAUGGAUUACGCUAAAUGUCGGUGGAAAAUAUUUUACCACGACUAGAGACACUUUGACAAAAAAGGAACCUAUGAGUAUGUUAGCGAGAAUGUUUACAGAAACGGAGCAUAAAAUACAGCCGAGCAGACGAGAUCACCUCGGAGCAUAUCUCAUUGACAGAAGUCCUACUUACUUCGAACCAUUGUUAAAUUACUUGCGACAUGGUCAAAUGAUACUCGAUGCUAAUGUUAAUAUAGCUGGAGUUUUGGCGGAAGCUUGUUUUUAUGGUAUUGAAGGUGCUAUUCGAAUUCUUACUACAAUGUUGGAGAAAGAAGAACUGCAAAAGGAGGGUCUUGUAUCUUUAACUCGUAAAGAUGUACUUAAAGCCAUUAUGUCUACGCCAACAAAUGCAGAACUUAGAUUUCAGGGAGUUGAUUUUGUAAGAGCUGAUCUUUCAAAACUAGAUCUUAGGAAUAUUAAUUUCAAGUACGCCAUUAUGCAUCAUUGUAGUCUGGCAGGUGCUAAUCUGUCAGGAUGUUGUUUCGAGCGCGCUGAUUUAUCCCAUGCUAAUUUGCAAGGUGCCCAACUUGUUUGUGUCAAAAUGUCGUGCGCAAAUCUGGCUGCAGCCAAUCUGCAUUCGUGUAAUUUUGAAGAUCCUGGUGGUCUAUCAGCAAACAUGGAAGGUGUUAAUUUGAAAGGUGCUAAUCUUGAAGGCAGUAAUAUGGCAGCCGUCAAUCUCCGAGUGGCUACUUUAAAAAAUGCUAUUCUUAGAAAUUGUAUUUUAAGAUCAGCUGUUUUAGCUGGUGCUGAUUUAGAGUGCUGUGAUUUAUCUGGCUCCGAUCUGCAAGAUGCAAAUUUGCGAGGCGCAAAUUUGAAGGAUGCUGCUUUUGAGUUAAUGUUAACGCCACUGCAUAUGUCUCAAACAAUACGAUAACAAUAAGCGUCACGCUGCACAUUAGGAUUGCAGCUUUCUAAUAAACACAUUUUUUAGUUUGGUGGUAUUAUUUAUAAUAAUUUUGAAUAUAGUCUUAAAUAUUUAAUUAUUCAAAAUUAAAUGUACAAUAAUUAUUUUAAAACGAACAAUGAUUUUAUUAAACUGCAAAUAUAGCAUUUUUAAUGCGUAUGCAUGAGUGCGUGUAUGUUAGAAUAUUUUCAUUAUAAUUUUUUUCGUAACAUUAUUAUGUAAAGACAAUGAAUAAUAUAUAGAAGUAUGGCAAUAUUUUCAUUUGUUCUUUGUUAAUAUUACAUAUUAAUUUAUCUCUUAACAAAUAUUGUAGUUUUUUAUUGUUAUAUUUUGUGUCCCGUUAUUGCUCUAAUAAAUGAUGUAAAUGUUUCAUUAGAUAAUAAUCUUGUUAUAUCUCGUAAGUAAUAAAUAUCUAACUGCUAUUAAUCUAAAUCUAAAUAUUCUUAGUUUAAAAUAAUGUGUAGUUUAUGCAUAGUUUUAAACAUUUAUAAAAUAAACUAAAUAAUAAAUCCAAAAUACUUUGAUCCAAAAAUAUUUGAUAGUAAAGAUCUAGAUCAGUAAAUGUAGACACUAUUGUUUUAUAUGUAUAUUAUAUAAUAUUUAUUGUCUAUUAAGUUAAUGGAAUCUUUCUAUAAAAGAAUUUAUAUGAUUAACAUGUUGCACACAAUAUAUGUUAAGAACAUGUAAGAUUUGUUUUCUACUCAUUAAGAUAUGUAGAUUUACACUCCAUAGUAGAGCUAAGGAUAUGAUUGGAUAUUAUUUGGAUGUAAUAGGAUAUCGUAAGAGAUAUUUUUACGAUGUCCUAAGAUGUUCUUGUAAGAUAUCCUAGGUGCUACUCAUUGAGAUAUCUGUGGGAUCACCUUCAUCUGUCUGGGACAAUUUGAGAUAUCCUCAAGAUAAAGUAUGCUGUGUGGGAUAUAUAUAUACAUAUAAUGAAAUACAAAUGUAACAUUAUAUUAUAUAUAUGUAUGUACAUAUUAUAAUUUAUAUUAUAGUAACAAAAACUUUAAUUGAAGAUUUUACAUAUUUGAAGUAUUCGUUGUUUUAUUUAUAAUAAUUGUAAUUCUUUUUUGUAGUUCUUUUUUAUCAAAUAUAUGUAUACUACUAAAAAAAAAAUAGGGAACAGUUUGUAUAUCGAAAAUUUAGGCUAUUUUCAAACCGCUGGAACUCGGCGAAAAAUUAUCGAAUCAGAAUCCAAAAAGCGUUUUAAAGCUUAAAACUUCUUUCAAACGCUUUUUGCCGAUUUCAGUUAUCUUUUCACCAACGUGGCACAAUGAUGAAGCUUGACCCGUUAAAAUAAAAUUUUUUUAUGCGAAUUUGCUGCGCUGCAUCUCGGGUAAAAAAAUCAAAGAAUUUUUGUUACUCGUGAACAGAUCAACGUACAGCGCUUAGCAAAAAAAUUUUUUCCAAAAAAUAAACAGCAUAGUUAAAUAAAAAAAUAUUUAUGCUGUAAAACUUUUGUAUAAAAAUUUUUUUGAUAUUUUGUUUAGUUUACGAUAUAUAUCGAGAAAAAGCAAAAAUUCUCAAUUUUUGAAGAGUGGUUUCAAUCCUUUAAAAAGAAGCGUUUAUAACCAACUAAGAAUUUCUAAUUUUUUAUUAAUUUUUGGGAAAAAAUUUAUCCUUUAUACCUUCCUUAUGUUGAAUAUUUCUUGCAUCAAAAUUUCCAUUUCAGUAAAAUUCGGUACAACUGUAGAAGGAGGCAAUACACGAAUUUAGAAAAUUUUAGUUGGUGCUCAAAAACAGUUUAAGGAUUACCCUUCAAAGGUUGACAUUUUUGCCUUUUUUUCAAUAUAUCUUGUAAACUUAACAUCAAAAAAAUUUUUAUACAAAAGUUGUACAAUAUAAAUACUUCCAUUUAAUUACGCUGUUUAUUAAAAAAAAUUUUUUUUUAAUAAAAAUUUUUUAAUAAAAUUGACUUUUAUGUAUCUAGCAUUUAUAAGGUAAUUAUACUAUCCCAGCAAACACACAUUUAUAACUAUGCUAUAACAAUUACAUAAUUCAGUAUAAUCGAAUAUAACAAGUUAUAUAAUGGA